UCGUGACCUGAACAAAAACCAGGAGGUGAACGCUUAACUGAUUGAGACUCAGGUUCCAGAGGGUAGAUUUACAGCAAGUUCUGCUGCUGUGACUCCACAGUGACUUCUCUGCCAUUCAGUGGGCCAUGACUUGAGUCAUCUCCAAAAGAUCUGGAUCUCAGCCCUAGGAGAAGUAGCUGCCUCUUAUCUCUGCUAUUCUUAUGAAUCGUUGUUCUUGGGAAGAAUCCACUCUGACUCUCUCAGGUGCCUUCUCUCCACAUUUGACUUCAUUCUGGGUGGUGACUGGCCAUGUCAUCCUCACGUUUGGAGAUGCCAUGCUUGGGCAAUAUUUGAGCCAUUGGCAGGAUGUUACCCUGUGAGUUGAUAUGAAAAGAGGAAACAAGACUUUGGGGACUUUACAGAGGAAAGAUAGAAAGAACAAGAAGAGCUGAGAGGUAUCCUGAGAUGAGGGUCUUGAUCACACACCAGAUGUCUAGUAAACAACUCCAGGCUUCCACAGACCUAUUCAUCAGACUGUUCAGGUGGCACAUGAUUGUGAUUGUGGGAUCAGUCAUUGCAAUUUGUAUCUUGUACAUCAGAGUUUCCUGACCUAACAGCAUGGUCCCUCUGCCCCCACAGCCCCGCCCCGCCUGCAAGUCCUCUGGCUCUCUCCCCAAGGAGCUCUCGGACCUGACCCAUCUUCUGCACUGGCCUCCCACCCCAGGAGAUGCGGGGGACCUUUUGGCCUCCACCAGUCCCCAGACUUCCACCUACCACCUGAGGGAUCGUUCCCAGGCCAGCUACACCCUGGGAGGCUCCCUAGAGGCCAUCCUUGUCGCCAGAGACCACCAGGGCAGGCCCAAGACCUGUGGUGGAGAUCUGUUUCGGGCACAGCUGCUGGGUCCCCACCUGAAGGCAGGAGUCCCUGGGGACAUCCAGGAUCUGGAGAAUGGCACCUACCUGUUGUCCUUCCCUCUGCUGUGGGCUGGGCAGGCCCAGGUGCGAGUGCAGCUGAUCCACUCCAGCGAGGCAGUUAGGGUCCUGCGGGGAAUCUGGAGAGACCAAUGGGCCACAGUUGAUUUCAUGGGCUAUUUCCGAGGACCCACAGGAUAUGAAGAAAUUGUGACUUGCAAUGUUAACCCCCUGCUAACUGGGAAGGAAGAGUCUACCUGUCACUACAAGGAUGAAGAUUCUGGUGAGCUCUGGUUCUGUGCUCGACCCCCAACCCUGCCCUGCAACUCACUGGUAGGGCAUUCAAGUGGACAUUACUGGAAUGUGACCACACCACACGAGGAGGCCCUGCUGGCAUGGAACGUGACAGACAAGGUCCUCCCUCAGGGUAUUUCUCCAAUCUGGGUGGCCAAGGAGAGCAACAAGAGUCUGGUUCUGUCCCCUCGACAACCAUGCCACCCUGGGAUCCCAGGCCCAAAGCCCUCUGGCUUCUACCACCAAGAUGUGUGGCACUCACUGUUCUGCUCCGGACGCUCCUUCUCCACUGUUGACAGCAUCCUGGGCUGCCUGGCUGGUCACGUCGUCCACAUGAUGGGGGACUCCACACUUCGGCAGUGGUGGGAGUACCUGCGCGACACUGUGCCCUCCCUGAAGCCUAUGGAUCUACACACCACAUAUCAGACGGGGCCCCUGAUGGCGGUGGAGACCGCUCGGGGCAUAGUGCUGCACUGGCGGGCCCACAGCUGGCCCCUGCGCUCCCUGCACACACCAGUGGCCUCCCUGCACUCUGUGGUCCGGGAACUGGGGGGCCUGGCCGGGGGCCCCCACACAGUGGUGGUGCUGGGCCUGGGCGCCCACUUCACCACCUUUCCCCCAUCUGUCUUUGUGCAACGACUCGCAGGGAUCAGGGCAGCCGUAGCUGCACUGCUGGCCCGCGAGCCCCGCACUCUCGUGGUCAUCAAGCUGGCCAAUACCGGCUACAAAUCUGUGUAUGGCAGUGACUGGUUCACCCUCCAGGUGAACCGGCUUCUCCGAGCCGCCUUUGCUGACCUCCGUGUGGCCUUUGUGGACGCCUGGGAAAUGACCUCCAGUCUGGCUCUGCCCGACAGGAUCCACCCAGGGCGGCUUAUUGUCCGCAAUGAGGUCAACUUCCUCCUGUCCUUCAUUUGCCCCAUUUGAGUGCUUCUGCGGGUCCUGGGCUGUGUGGAUGGAGGCGCUGGUGUGAGGAUCAAGCCUGGAAGCCCUUCCCCUCAGCUGUCUGUACCUCUUCUCUUAACUUUUUGUUUGUUUGUUUGUUUGUUUGUUUGUUUGUUUGUUUGUUUGUUUUGGAUGAGGGAAAAAAAGAUUUUUUAUUGUAUUUUAAUUCAAACUUAUUGGGUUCCUGGUGAGUUUUAAAUUUAAAAUACUUUAUUAGCCAGUUCUCAGCGUUGGUUCUAUGAAUUGUUCAUCUCAUUUAACUAUUUUUCUCCUAGUUCUUUAGUGUUUUGGGUUUUUUUUUAUAAUUUAACUUUAUUUUUUAUUUUUAAAAAUUUACAUCCAAAUUAGUUAGCAUAUAGUGCAACAAUGAUUUCAGGAGUAGAU